GUGUGCCCGACAGGUAGCGAGGAAGAAACCAUUGAACCAGGUCUGGAGGGCUUGGUUCAGAGCAACAGCAGCUAUGUUAUGAUUUUUGAAACCAAGCGAACAACUUAUGACAAGGUGGUCAAGUUUCGUCAAGCACAUCCUGAUGGCUGUGUGGCAGUCUUUGGGUUCAACUUUGAUGACCUUGAUAACCACUGUAUGAAUGAGCGAGCUUUCCACGUGUUCGCCUUAUAGCGGAUGUUAUGUCCAAAAACAAGAGCUCACUGUUUUCCACAGCAACAAAAUAUAAAGAUGAGCAUGCAAAGGAACCAGAAUUCAAGCACUCUUCUCUGCUGUGUGUGUUUUCGGAAGCGGCGCAUCUAAUGGACAACUUCCCUGGAGAACUGUGCAACUAUCUUGUGUUCCAAUCUGUCGAGUAUAUGUUAGCAUUCGACAGGGUUGCCAUUCACAAUGAAGCCGCCUUUAGAAAGUUCAAGCACCUUCCCAGAAACUCUGGAACAUGGAUGCUGGCUGCAAUUACCCAGUUUUCAUGGCUCAAAAGAGCAGCCACACGGUCUGUCUUCACCAACCUGUUUGUGAAGGCAACAAAACGCUGGGUCCUCCAACAAAGGCUGCAUGGCAUAGCUAUGUUCCCAGAAGCACCAUUACCACCAAAAGUGUUUUUGGAGGUUACAAAGAGGACAUACUGGGCAUUAAAGAAUAAGCCCACACCCCUGGGGCUUGUCAUCGGAGUUCCCGCAAAGGAGCAUCACUUAACAAUAUGGAAGAGGCUGAGCAGGUUCUCAGAUGUCCUUGUGUUCACCAUGCAUCGCCCAGUGCCAAGUGACUUCUGCCAAAUCACCUUUCCAUCUGUAGAACCAUUCAGUAGCAGGCACCUUGAAGAGAUGGCGAUCAUAUCUCGAAAUGAACGACACCGUGCCGUGGUUUGUAUGUCGGUGAACCUAGCUGUGCAGCAUUUUCGAACAAGGAAACACGCUCUUGUUGGAGAUCAUUGUGUCCAUGAAGAGUGGGAGGACUAUUCACAGGCCUGUGAAAAUGAUGGCUCUAAAGCAAUUGUAAACUGGGAGUGGUUGUCUGCAAUCUCUUCUAAUGUUAGCGUUACACGUACAUUUGAAGUACCAAGGACACUUACAAUGAAGGCCAACCAGUUCUUGCAACUGAAUCCCAAGGGAUGCUUAGCAGCGUUCAAUGUGGAUUAUGAUGAUCCACAUGGCACCUGCCCAGAAAAGCGGCCGUUUCCUCGCAUUAGUACACUGGCCAAUUUGAGGCAUGCUUCUGGCUCAAGGCACAGUGACUGAGCUGUGGGCAGUGGGUCUCCUGAAGUUAAUAAACUUGAUUUUGUUGUUGAAUAAAAGUGCUUGUUGUACCAAAUAGCCUUUAUCUGUUUAGCACUUCACCACAGAUAACCAAGUGGCAUUUGUUGUGUGUCUAUGUGUGCUCAUCAUGCGCUGCUACAGAUGUGCAAUCUCAACUUUCACAGUGCAGGACUCUCAUGUGCACAGAUGUUUGUCAUUGGUACACUUACACUGGGCAUUCCGUGGUAAUAUGCUCAC